AUGUCCGACGUUGUGAAAUCAGGAAAGAAACCCGUGGAAGGCGCUACAGACAAGGCUAAGCCGAAGAAGAAGAUCGACAAGGCCUCCAGCGCAAAGAAGGAUCUCGGAGAUAAGCCAGAGGCUGUCAAGUCUAAGGCGGACCCCAAGCAAGUGCUUGACAAGGCGUCCACAGUUAAGAAGGGUGUCGGCGACACAGUCAAAAAGGGUGUCGGCGACAAGGCGGACCCUUCAAAGGCGGCCAGCAAGGACGCCACCAAGAAAGCGCCGGUGGACGCCGGCAAGGCAAAGGCCUCCAAGUCGUCUCAAGCGCUCGACAAGGCGUCCACAGUCAAGAAGGAUGUCGGCGACAAGGCGUCCACAGUCAAGAAGGAUGUCGGCGACAAGGCGUCCACAGUCAAGAAGGAUUUCGACGACAAGACGUCUGCUUCAAAGGCGGCCAGCAAGGACGCCACCAAGAAAGCGCCGGUGGACGCCGGCAAGGCAAAGGCCUCUAAAUCGUCGCCGGCGGACCUCGAGAGCGGUACUGCCAAAGGAAAGGACAUGGCCGAAAAGGUCAAGUCCAAGGCCCCAAAGGCACCAGUCGACCCCACCGACGCUGUAAAGGACGCGACCAAGCCGGCCAAGAAGGCGCUCGACAAGUCAAAGUCGGCCAAGCCACCCGCCACACCGUCCGUGGACCCAAAGGACGCCUCCAAAUCCGACAAGUCAAAGGCAAAGUCGGCCGUCAAGACAAAGAGUGCCAAGCAGAGUGGGGCUGCCACACCGAUGGACAGCGCCGCGAUGCCGGCCAAACCCAUCGAGGCCAAAGCCGAGGAGUCCAUCCCCAAGGACGCUGACAUGCCAACUUCUAAGCCAGACGCCGCGGGCGUCAAGGCAAAGGGUGCCAAGACCCCCAAGCCAGAUGCCGCGGGCGUCAAGGCAAAGGGUGUCAAGAACCCCAACCCAGGCGCCGAGGGCGUCAAGACCCCCAAGCCAGAUGCCGCGGGCGUCAAGGCAAAGGGUGUCAAGAACCCCAACCCAGGCGCCGAGGGCGUCAAGGCAAAGGGUAUCAAGACCCCCAACCCAGGCGCCGAGGGCGUCAAGGCAAAGGGUGCCAAGCAGAGUGGGACUGCCACACCGAUGGGCACCGACAGCGCCGCGAUGCCAGCCAAACCCACCGAGGCCAACGCCGAAGAGUCCCUCCCCAAGGACGCCGACGAGUCCCUCCCCAAGGACGCCGACGAGUCCCUCCCCAAGGACGCCGACGAGUCCCUCCCCAAACCAGACGCCGCGUCCCCGGACGACGUCAAGAAGUCCGCUGAGGAGCUCAACCCCGAGCUAAAUUCCGGGGAGGAGGCUUCUGAGGACGACGAGGUGUCUGAGGACGACGAAAGCGACGGGGAGGAGGUAAAGGAGGCGUCCGAGGCGUCCGAUGCCGAGGCUGACGAAGGCAUCGAAGUUGACGCUGUCUCCGGUAAGGACGAGGAGAAAGCCGACUCCGGUGAGGAGGAAACCGCCUCUGAGGCCGGGGACGACACUUCCGAAGCUGCCGAGGACGAAAGCGACGCCGUAGACGUUGAAGACGUCAAGAACAAGGAAGAGGUCGAAGAGGCGUCUGGGGCCGAGGAACCCGAGGCGGAGGUCGAGAAGCUAUCCGAAGCCGAAGGCGAAGAGCUGUCCGAUGCCGAAGCCGAGGACCUAUCCGAUGCCGAAGCCGAAGAGGAUGCUGAAGGUGUCGAGGCUGAAUCUGACGCUGAGGCUGUCGAGGCGGAAUCGGACGCUGAAGCUGCCGAGGCUGAAUCUGACGCCGAUGCCGAAGCCGAGGACCUAUCCGAUGCCGAAGCCGAGGAGGAUGCUGAAGGUGUCGAGGCUGAAUCUGACGCUGAGGCUGUCGAGGCGGAAUCGGACGCUGAAGCUGCCGAGGCUGAAUCUGACGCCGAUGCCGAAGCCGAGGACCUAUCCGCUUCCGAAGCCGAGGAGCUAUCCGAUGCCGAAGCCGAGGACCUAUCCGAUGCCGAAGCCGAAGAGGAUGCUGAAGGUGUCGAGGCGGAAUCGGAUGCUGAAGGUGUCGAGGCUGAAUCUGACGCUGAGGCUAUCGAGGCGGAAUCGGACGCUGAAGCUGCCGAGGCUGACUCUGACGCUGAGGCUGUCGAGGCGGAAUCGGACGCUGAGGCUGUCGAGGCGGAAUCGGACGCUGAAGCUGCCGAGGCUGAAUCGGACGCUGAGGCUGUCGAGGCGGAAUCGGACGCUGAGGCUGUCGAGGCGGAAUCGGACGCUGAAGCUGCCGAGGCUGAAUCGGACGCUGAGGCUGUCGAGGCGGAAUCGGACGCUGAGGCUGUCGAGGCUGACUCUGACGCUGAGGCUGUCGAGGCUGAAUCGGACGCUGAGGCUGUCGAGGCUGAAUCGGACGCUGAGGCUGUCGAGGCUGAAUCUGACGCUGAGGAAGCUGAAGAGGAUGCUGAGGCCCCCGAGGACGCCGCUCCCGGCGUCCCCGAUGGCGCUGCCGCGGAGUCCAGGGCAGACGAUGAGUCUGCCGACGACACUGUCUCCAACGCCUCCGCUGCGGACGACGCCGCCUCGGACGAAACUCAACCCACAGCCCACGACGAGGUCGACCUCUCACGCCUCAAGGACGGCAAGGUCAACAAGGGCGGCAACGUUGUCGUGGACGGUAAGGUGGUCGGCCGUAUCAAGGAGGGCGUGCUUUCCAAGCUUGUCGGCAAGAUCGUCGACGAGAACGGCGACAUCUGGAACGACAGCGGCAAGAAGAUUGGAGCCGCCGAGCUCAUCCCCGACGACGAGCUCGAGGCCAUGGACAAGGAGUCCGCACCGUUUGAGGCAUUCCCUGACGCCGUCGUGGACCGCAAGGGCUACGUCGUGUCUGAUGGCGAGCGUGUCGGCAAGGUCGCCGAGGGUGACCCCAAGAAGCUGCGAGGCAUGCACGUCGACGCGGAUGGCGACAUUCUCGACCGCAGCGGCAAUGUCAUUGGGCGUGCGGAGCGCUGGGAGGAGGAGGAACCCGAACCCGAGGCCGAGCCUGAAGCACCUGACCUGUCGUCCCUCGCGGGCAAGCGCGUCAACAAGGCCGGCAACAUCGUCGACAGCAGCGGCUCGAUCUUCGGCCGUGUCGUCGACGGCAACCCCAAGCGGAUGGUCGGCCGCAUGUGCGACAAGAAUGGCAACAUUCUGUCCGAGAGCGGCGACGUGAUCGGCAAGGCGGAGCUCGUGUACGAAGGCGGCCGCGAGGGUGAGAAGUCGGGCCCGUUCACUGGGCUCGUCGGCUGCAAGGUGAACAAGAACGGCAAGGUUCUGUCGCCCACGGGCGACGUCGUCGGCAAGCUCGUCCAGGGUGACGCCAAGCAGCUGGCGGGCCGCGAGGUUGACGACGACGGCGACAUUUGUGACAAGAACGGCAACGUGGUCGGUCAUGCUGAGCGCGAAGACGUCGAGGAGGAAGACCCCAAGGUGGUCGAGGAGCGCGAUCAGGCCGAAAAAGACAAGAAGCUCGCAAAGCAGUUGGCCUACUGCAUUCAGCAGACGCUCGACCAGGUCAAGCCGAUCUGCGAGAAGAUUUCGCGCAAGAUUGAGGCCGCCGAGAACACUCCAAAGGACCAACUCGACGAGAAGAAGCUCGUGGCGCAGGUGCGCCCCCUCAUCGAGGAGGGUGGCAGGCUACUCUCCGAGGCCAACGGCACCAUCCGCGGUAUGGACCCGGACGGCAGGAUCCAGCAGAAUGCCAAGUACAAGGCGGCGACGCACGAGGCGACCCCCGAAGAGUACCACCUCGCUGAGGUGCUCAAGGAGCUCACGGGCACCGUCGCAAAGACCAUCGACGACGCCAAGCGGAAGCUCGAGGGAAUGCCACGCGCACAGAAGAAGCUCAACCCGCUCUGGCGUCUGCUGAGUCAACCGCUGGGUCAGAUCCUUGCCGGCGUCGGCCUGCUCCUCAGCGGCGUGCUCGGCAUUGUCGGCAACUUGCUCAACGGCCUCGGCCUCGGCGGUUUGGUGAAUGGCCUCCUCGGCGGCCUCGGCAUCGACAAGGUGCUCGAGGGUCUCGGGCUCGGCAAGAUUGGGGAAACGGUGUCGGGGCUGACGGACACGGUGUCGGGUCUGACAGACACGGUGACAGACACGGUGUCGGGAGUGACCGGUGGGGGAAAGGAGGGCAAGGGUGGGUUGUUGGGUGGAAUUCUGUGA